CGAUGAGUACAAGUCGCUUCACUUCCCUUGGUUCCGGCGGAGAUGAUAAAGGAGUUGGAGAGUGGUGGUUAAGAAGGAAGUGGGUGGAAACAGAUUAACAAUGGCCGCUGCCCUCUGAGCUUAACCUUCAAACUUCUUCCCCUCACCUUUCUUCUUGCCGUUGCAAACGGAAUGUCACUUCCAUGGUGGACCUCCGCCACUGCCCUUCCCUCUCCCCCUCAUACUCGGCUGAUUAAUCACCAUUACAAUCGCCUCCUCCACUCUUACAUUCGUCUCGCAAAAUCAAGCCCUUCUACUUUGAAAUCCACCCCUCCGAGAGCUCUAUUGCUUGACGAAUUCAUUCAACUCAGCCACAACAAGGUUUUAGUUGCUGCCGGCGUGUCCGCUGCGAUUGGGCAACUCGCGAAGCCUUUCACUUCUGUUCUUUUUUAUGGCAGAGAGUUCAACUUUAGAACUGCUUUUGGAGCUGGAGGCUUCCCUUCUACCCACUCCUCUGCGGUGGUCGCUGCUGCCACUAUUCUCGGCGUUGAGAGGGGUCUUGCAGAUUCAAUUUUUGGCAUAACUGUAAUUUACGCGUCCCUUAUUAUGUAUGAUGCUCAGGGAGUCAGAAGAGAAGUUGGAAAACAUGCUAAAGCAAUCAACACGCUAUUGCCAACAAAGACACCUGUGAACUCAUCCUUUUCCUAUAAAGAUCAGGAUCGUCGAGUCAACUCGCAACUCGAGAGCAGCAGUCCCCUGUUAUCUGAGGAAGGAACCAGGGCCUUGACGGUACUGAGUCCGUUAAAGGAGGAGGAUAUCGCAUCGUCGAGCUUGGCAACUGAUGUGGAAGAAGGGUCAAGAAGGGAGGGUAGUGAAUGGAAGUCAUUCAAAGAAUCAAUAGGCCACACUGAGAUUGAAGUUGCAGCUGGUGCUUUGUUGGGUUUCACGGUUAGUCUGAUAACUAAUACAUUAUUGUGAUUUAUAAUAUUGAUCUCACAAAUAAACUGUAUCUAUACGAAGUCCCAUUUUCUGUGUCAAAGCUAAACUCGAAAACGAUAAUUUAAUGAGAAAUUUAUUACGUAGAGCCACCA